CCGCCCUCGCGGUUGGCGUUUUUUUGGACUGAAUUCUAUGUCUACAGCCGCAUACACUAGCAGGAAGCGAUGAUACGUGUGCGUAGCAAGACAAAGGAGUGCGCAAAAAAUGAAGGAAAACGGGGCACCUCACCGAUUCGAACUGCCGAUCACCACGUGGGCGGCGGCGCUGAUGGAAUUUGAACCGCGAACUUCUCGCGCACCGUAUUCCAGGAGUGGACAGCUCCCGGAACCCAGCCAAAACCAAGCUUUUUGUCUUGAAAGUAGUCCAAAAAACCGCCAGCUAAGCGCCCGAUGGUGUUGAAUUGGCG